AUGGUUAAGCACCCCAUCAUCGUCGAGCUCCACGAGGUCAUGGCCAGCAAAUCCAAGAUCUAUUUCGCCAUGGAUCUGGUUCGUGACGGCGAGCUCUUCGCCAAAAUCUCUAAAAACCGGCUCAAAGAAGACGUGGCCAGAGUCUAUUUCCAACAGCUGAUCUCAGCCAUCGAUUUCUGUCACAGUCGCGGCGUCUACCACCGGGAUCUGAAGCCGGAGCAAGCUUUGGUUUAUCUCAGAUUUUUGGUUUAUCCAUUCUGA